AUGCCUUCAUCCUUGUCCAUGUUCUCCUCAGCUGCUGAAUAUGUGAAAUCCCGCCUGCCUGAAGUCCUGAAACAGCAUCUUCAGGACUACGAAAAGGACAAAGAGAACAGCGUGCUCUCCUACCAGGCCAUCCUGGAGCAGCAGAUUCUGUCCAUCGACCGAGAGAUGCUAGAAAAACUGACUGUCUCCUAUGAUGAAGCAGGUACAACGUGUCUGAUUGCGCUCUUGUCAGACAAAGACCUCACUGUGGCCAAUGUCGGCGACUCCAGGGGGGUCCUCUGUGACAAGGAUGGGAAUGCCAUCCCCCUGUCUCACGAUCACAAACCAUACCAGCUGAAGGAAAGGAAGAGGAUUAAAAGAGCUGGUGGCUUCAUCAGCUUCAAUGGCUCCUGGAGGGUCCAGGGCAUCCUGGCCAUGUCUCGAUCCCUGGGUGAUUACCCACUGAAAAACCUGAAUGUUGUCAUCCCUGACCCAGACAUCCUGACCUUCGACCUGGACAAGCUCCAGCCCGAGUUCAUGAUCUUGGCGUCAGACGGCCUCUGGGACGCCUUCAGCAAUGAGGAGGCGGUGCGAUUCAUCAAGGAGCGCUUGGACGAGCCCCACUUUGGGGCAAAGAGCAUCGUGCUGCAGUCCUUUUAUAGAGGCUGCCCUGACAAUAUCACUGUCAUGGUGGUGAAGUUCAGAAACAGCAGCAAAACGGAGGACCAGUGAACUCGUGCCCUGCGGGUCCGCACCCCUCUGGACUGAAGGACUUCCAAUAACUGGCUUUACUUUGAUGUGGUAGAAAAGUAGCGAAACUCCUUAAGAUUGUGCCCAGAAGAUCCAGGACAGCCCCUUCCCUAAUGGUCCUUGAUCUGUAUCCAGGAAUGUAAGGAUGGAGGGCGCUGGCCACCAGGACCCACGAGGCUGGGCCAACAGCUUCUUCCACCUUCCUUCCCGCCUUCCUUCGCCAGGUUUCUAAUAUAUAUCUAUAUAAGCAUAUACGUAUAUCAAUGAAAAUGAGUAGCAUAUAUAGGCAUAUGCUGCCCAUUCUCAAUUUUAAGGUUUCUUUUUAAUCCCCUUUACAAUGUCUUCAGGUUUUAGUCUCCUUAAGCUUGUUUGGAGCAGUUAGCUUGGGCAGGGUAGGAAAACCCACCUAGCCAAACACUUUGCUGAAAGAUAUGAUUGUCUUGGGAAAUGACUCCACCCUCCCACCUCCAGGGCUGUUUUUCUGUGCCCUGGCAGCUGAGAGAGUGAUUUUAAGUAAUGUUAGGAUCAGCUGCCUUUUUUUUGUUUUUGUUUUCUGGGGACUUUGGGGGAAGAAGGAAGAAGCCUCUGUGGGGGCAGGAUGGGAAAGGUCACAGAGUCCAGUGGCAGCCCCUGACUCAUCGAGGCCCCUUAAUUUGCAUCUUUCAGUAAACCCUGCCCAUCAUCUGACUGCCUCCAGCCUUUGUCUAAAUCUAGCCAGGCUUCCCUUAGCUCCAGCCUGCCUUUACUCUCAGCAACUGAAAACCGUCCAGCUUCCCCCAAACCAGCCACAUCAGAGUGUUGACUUAGAUCAUCAAGGAACCGGAUUGUCCUAGGAAGCCAAGCCCACCAUCACUGGAUGCCCUCAAGCUCCCUCAUUUUGAAUUCUCAUGGAAGUUCACUCACUAGCCAGAGAAGAAUGAGUGGGGCCUCUGCUGAAACCCUGUGUUUGCAUUAGACCUGAGACUCAAGAGGCAUUGGCUGGCAAGAUUCCCAACUCAUAGUUCGGGAUGCCUCUUAAGAGACUUCAGAGGAUUGAUACAAAAUGUUUAUCGGGUCAUCCUGAUGUAUACAUGAUCCUCAUGUAUGUCGGAGUAGGUCCCAGCCAUCUUGGCCAAGAGUCGAAUUGUACCCAAGCCAAAAUUUGGUUAGUUCUCUUUCAUUUUGGUUGAGAAUGAACACCCCUUUCCCCCUCCUCCUCUGCCCUCAGGAUCAUGUGGAACUUGUGGCUGCUGUCUGGGGCUUGGGUCACUGUAGUCACUUCCUCCUGCAGUAGCCUAGAGAUCUCUCCAUUGCCUCACAUUCCAUCAAACCCGCCGCAUCCCCAGGCGGGCUGUGGAAGUGGCUCAGGUAGCAGACUGAGGCAUUGGGUAGCUUAGCUUCAGCAGGUCCUUUUCGAAUGACUGAGCAGAGACAGAGGGAGCAAGGCAAGUCUGUGGAGUCAGGUUCACUGAGGCCCAAGGUAUUAGGUCUCAGCAGGGGAUGUUUUAGGGGCAUCAGUGGCCAAGUUGCCUUGGUUCUCCAGGCAUUUUGAUCAGCUAGUGGGGAGUCCGAUGGCAGCUUUCAUCUCUUGCCCACAGUUCUUUGUGUCGGGUACCUGAGAGCUUUGUCCCUUUGGAGAAGGCUCACCCUUCUUCCUGUUUUCCAUGUCCCUUGGUGCUCCCAUUAUCCUCCUGAGUUUCCAUGGCAAUAAGAGAGGACUGACUCUGCACAGCUACCAGAACAGAAAUAGGGAAGCCGGUGAUGAAUGAUAGCCUCACAAGGUGGAACAAGGGACAAUGGAUGGUGUCCUGAAGAGGCAAAUUUAGGAUUGGUUAGGGGGGAAAAGCCUUCCUAAUAGCGAGAACUGUCCAUAAGUGGAAUGAGGCUGCCGGGGUGGGGGGUGGGGGUCACAGUGUCAGAGGCAAGCAGCUUUAGAGGUGUUUUACAGAGAAGGAAACUGAAGCUAAGUAGUUCACCCAUGGCUAUACAAGCAGUUGGUGUCAGGGCAGGAUUUGAACUUUGGGACGUUGUCUCCAAAUGCAGUAGGUUGCUCAUUUCUGGAGCUCUUCUAGACAAGACGCUGUCAAAGAUGUUAGAAGGGAGAGCCCUUAGUAUGAAGUAAAAUCUGAGCUGGACGUUGAAAGAAAAAAAAAAGAUUUGGACAGGCAGAGAUGAGGAGGGGGAAUGAAGGGCUAUUGUAGACGUCCUAUGAAUCUCCUGGCUCCUUGUGGCUCCCGCAGAAAUACAAUGUGAAACCAAGAUCCCCCUUUCCUACGCUCCUAGGGGUGUGACUGCUGGGGGCAAAGGCACAGGAAUCAGAUCUUUAGGCUCCCACGUGGGCCCUGGCAUCAAUUCCAUUGCCAGAGCAUGUGAGAUAGGAUGGGAGAGUGAGAGGUAGGAAGCACUGCCUUUUCAAAGAGCCUUCUGGCUUUUCUAGAGGCAGACUUCUGUCCAUGAUCCUCCUCUGUGCCAAAUUCAGGCAUGGUUUCUGGUCUGUCCUGGGAGGCUGAGAACAGCCACACUCCCUAGAAGCCUGCCUUCCUCCUGCACCUCUGUGUAACUGACACUCCUGAAAGGUGGGGUCUGGGUUCUGCUGCUGCUCAGUACUGGUCCUGUGUCUCAAUCCAUCUGUCAAAGGGAGAGCCUCUCUGGGUGAUGCCUUAGGAGCAGAAUUAACUUUUUGGAGUGAGUGCUCUGAGUGGAGUCAUGGAUUAAAGGUGGAUGGGACCUUCGAGGCCAUCUGCUCCAGCCCCCUCCUCUUACUGUUGAGGAGACACAGGUUGGAGACUGGCCCAAGGUCACUCAGCUAGUAAGAUUCAGAGACGGUAUUUGAACCUAGGUCUGCUAGCACUUUUUACUGUGUCCUGCACCCUCUCCAACAGACGGGUACCAGAGUGCACUUUUUGGUGAUCCAAAGACCCUCCACUAGUCAUGGCUACGCAGAGGAGUUCUUGUCAGUGGGAGGAUCACCCGGAGCAUUCUACAGAAGAUCCCUUUAUCUAAGGUAUUACCCUAGCCACAGAGAGGCUGGCCCAUUGAAAACAGAUCUCGCUUAAGUGAUGGGAACUGUAAAUGGCACCAUUCUGGUAUGUGGGCAUCUCCCUCCAUUCAGCCCCCACAGGCUCAAUGGCAAAUCCAAUCCUUUUCUAGAAAUAAGCUUAGGGAUGCCCAGGACUCCAUUAGAGGGAGCAGAGGUAUGCAGAUCAUGCUGGGGCUCUCGCCAUAAAUCAAAGCUACCCACAGGUAAUGGUCAGUUUUUUCUUUCCCCCUCACCCCACCCCCUAAUAUUUGUCCAAAGCGGAAAAAGUCCCUCCCAUAGCUAUCAUGUUAGAAAAUUUAGCAGUUCUUCGAUCAUGUAGAGCACAAGAAAAGGCCUUAGAGGUCGCCUAAUCCAUAAAGCAGACUAGAUUUAAAGCCAAAAGGGAUCUUAGUGUUCAUUCAUCUUGUCCAACCCCCUCAUCUCACACACAGAGACACUGAGGCCCAGAGAGGUGACAGAACCUGCCCAAGGGCACACCUUUAUUAAUUAAGCACCUACCUUGCUAGGCCCAGGUGAUGCAGAGGGGAGGACGAAACAGUACCUGCCCUCAGGGAGCUGACAGUCUAUCAGGAGAAACUCAUUUCAGUAUACACAAAAUAAACACACUAAGGACAGGCGUCACUAGGAUUCAAACCCAGGCCAUUUGCCUCUUUGGUCCAGCCCUCUUUCUGCUCUGCCCUCUUGGCUAAUAGAGCAUACUUUGUUCUCUGUCGUACCCACAUGCACCAUUACAGGCAGAUUCUUCAGGAAGGUUCCAGAAAUGGUUUUCCUUUUUGACUCAUCCCUAAGCUGAACUUCCUCUAGUCUUCCCCAGCCAUUGGCUUAUCACACCAGACUAAGCUGCUCUGCUCCCAAGACUGGUGUCCAGCUCUGUCAUUUCAUUAGAUUGCUUUGGUUCCAACACCAAGCUCCAGAUGCAGUAUCCUCAUUCACUGCUUCUUCAGGCUCAUUGUCAGAUGACUGUCUCUUAUCAGCUGUAACCUGUAAUUAUAACAUUAGGAUUAAAAAAUGAAUAUUAAUUUCCUUUCCCCUCCCCCAAGAGAGUCAUCCUCUAUAACAAAGAAUAAAAGAAGAGGAAAAAAAAAUAGUGCUCCAAACUCAACCAGACCAUCCGAAAAAGCCUGACAUUAUAUGCAGCAUUCCACAGCUUCCUGUUUGUGUCAAUACUUGAGGGCCAAGCUUGGCCAUUUUCAUUUUCCAGCAUUCAGUUUUGAUUCUAACAAUAGGAUUUACACUAAAUAAGGGAUCAUUUCAGCCCUAGUCCAAAGGGUUCUACUUUCUAACAAAAACAGCAUAAGGAAUCAAGUUUCUUAAUAUGACCAAUAAUAUUGAAUAGAUUAAGAGUGAAUGAGAUGAGCAAAACCAUCACAAAAAGCUUAGCUUUCAGCUGAGUACACCUUCCCAUCCUUGUUAC